AAAAUAAGUCAACUGUCAAUUAUUGUCAGAGUGAUAUUGUUAAUUGUGUAGGCCGUAGUAUUUUUUUAUUUAUGUAAUAAUAAAAAUAAAAUUAUUAUUUACCAUGGUUCUUAAGGAAUUUAUUGAUGAUUAUGCAUGUGUUUUCUCUAUAUUAGCAUGUAUAUUUUUAACUGUCACAUAUGUUGCAAGUUUGUAUAUUUGGAAGUCUACUUAUAGCAGGGAUCAUCCAACUACAAUCAAGCGGAGGUUCUUCAGUGUUACUUGCAUGAUGAUUGUGGCACCUUUCAUAUCUCAAUAUUUCUGGACAGAGGAAACUUUGAGGAAAGGUGACCUGUGGGAACACAUGGGCUUAAAAUAUUCUGGAAUAAUUCAAGCAACUCUACUGCCAUUAUUUAUAACAGCUGUAUUAUUUUUGGGACCAUUGACUAUGCAGUUUCUAUCUGGAACAUUGAAGAUAUAUGCAGAGCCAAUGUAUUGGGUAGCAAGCUGGCAAGAUCUAGUGUGGGUGAGGAACCAUGUGAUGGCACCACUCAGUGAAGAAUGGGUGUUCAGGUCAUGCAUGGUGCCACUGUUGUUGCAGUGUCUGGAACCGAGCACCGCUGUGUUCAUUGGACCAAUGCUCUUUGGAAUUGCUCAUUUCCAUCAUAUGUUUGAACAAAUCAAGUCGGGACAGGGAGUGAAGACUGCUCUACUAAUUUCAUCAUUCCAGUUCAUGUAUACUAGUAUGUUUGGAGUAUACUCAGCAUACCUGUUUGUAAGAACAGGUCACUUCAUGGCUCCGCUAAUCGCGCACAUGUUCUGCAACCACAUGGGCUUCCCCAAUUUCGGCGAGAUCCCCCAGUUCCCGCCAACUCAGAGACUAAUCAUCAUUUGCAACUUUCUCAUAGGAUUCGCUCUCUGGUGCAUACUGUUGGUGCCAGCCACAAACCCUGACAUUUACUACAACAGACUACAUUGGGACACUUGAAUAACAAUAAUAGUAUAUUUUAUACCGCCUCUAAUAGAAUUUUAUACUACACACUUACGGAAUGUCGAUUUGUAAGAUUUUUACCUAAAUAAGUUACCAUAGUUUCCAGAAGGGAUCUGUUCCGGUCGUUAGAUUUAAUUAGUUCACGUCGAUAUUUAGCAUUCAAUAUAAGUAUUUUAUUUUUUGUAUUCAUAAUUUGUUAAUAAUACAGAUGUGAAACCGCCAUAAUGCAAUAUGCUGGAUAUA